AUGAUGCAGGAGAAGCUACGAGACAUUCUGCUUCAAAAUGGAAUCAACCCACCUAUUGUACUUGCUGUUGCCUGUGGCUCAGUCACAGUGGUUGUGUUAUGGAAGUGGGUGAUACAUAGAGAGAUUCAGAGGAAAAUGAAAGAAGCCCGACAAUGGAGAAAUAGCAGCCUGGAACAAAUGAAAAAAGUAGCUUGGAAGCUUAAACAGAAGCAUUAUAUCAAGCAAGUUGUGUUUUCUCUCCCAAAGGGACACAUCUCUACCUGUGGCUUGGUGCAAUAUCUUGACAAAGUAGAGGUUGAUGACAGCGUGAUAGUAAAGGUUUUGAAGAAACAAGGAGCAAUUCCAUUUGUGAAAACUAAUAUUCCUCAGAGCAUGAUAAACUACGAUUGCAGUAACUUAAUCUUUGGUCAAACGAAGAAUCCCUUGAAUCACAAGAAAAGUCCUGGUGGGUCCUCUGGAGGAGAAGGGGCACUGAUUGCAGGAGGUGGAUCCGUCUUGGGCUUUGGGACAGAUGUUGCUGGAAGCAUUCGCCUGCCCUCCAGCUUCUGUGGGCUUUGUGGACUCAAACCAACAGGCUCUCGGUUAAGCACUCUGGGUCUUGCUAGUCCAGUGGCAGGCAUGAAAUCAGUGACAGCAACAAUUGGUCCAAUGGCAAGAGAUGUAGAUAGUCUGGCUCUGUGCAUGAAAGCUCUCUUAUGUGAUGAGUUAUUCCACCUGGAUCCUUCAGUACCACCCUUGCCAUUCAGAGAAGAGAUUUACACCAGUUCAAAUCUCCUUCGGAUUGGAUACUACAAAGAUGAUGGAUACUUCGAGCCCUCCCCAAGCAUGAAAAGGGCUGUUCAGGAAACAAAAAAUCUUCUUCAGGCUGCAGGACACACACUCAUCCCCUUUGUCCCCCCUCGACUUAACUAUGUAGUGGAUGAGCUUUUCACUAAAGGCAUCUUUUCUGAUGGAGCUGCAAAUUUACUGGCUAAAUUCAAAGGGGACAUUGUUGAUCCAGGUUUGAAAUCCCAGAUUAACUGCUACAGUAUUCCCACCAUACUGAAAAGGAUUUUGGCACUCAUUUUAAAACCAGUGUAUCCCCGGAUUGCCAGAGAUCUCAAUGCAUUAUGUGGAGUUGGGUCAGCCAAACACCUUUGGAAGCAACAUGCAGCAGUGGCAGCUUACCGUGAAGAAUUCAUUGCUGAAUGGAGGAAGCUGAAAUUGGAUGUCAUCCUCUGUCCAGUCCUAGGACCAGCUUUCAAUGAAGGCUAUCCUGGAAAACUGUUUGCUGCUACUUCAUAUACUAAUUUAUACAAUGUCCUGAACUUCCCUGCUGGGGUUGUGCCAGUCACUAAUGUCACCCAGGCUGAUGAAGAGGAGCUGAAACAAUAUGAAGGUCAUUAUGCUGACCCCUGGGAUAAACGGCUGAAAGAGGCUGUCACGGAUGCUGUUGGUCUCCCUGUAGCUGUCCAGUGUGUAGCUUUGUCUUGGGAGGAGGAGCUGUGCCUUCGGUUCAUGAAGGAAGUGGAGACCCUCACCUGCAAAAACAGACUGAAAGCAUAAUCUGUUGCUCAUGGUUCCUCUUUGUUUUGGAUAGCCUAAUGCAGAAAAAUGGAAAAUAAUAAACAAUUCAACAUGGCACAA